CCCUUCCUAAAAUUUUCCAAUUUUACUAUAAACCUCUUAUAUAUAGACAUAUACUAUAAACACUUAGUUUUCAGAAUCCAUUUGCCAGUUUAAAUGACUACGAAGGUAACUGAAUCCGUAAAAGAUCAGGUGAAUGUCCAUUCUAAGCUCACGGUGGUGUCUAGCACCCCGACUGAGCCAAUGGGUCAGAAAUAUACUCUGACCCCAAUAGACCAUACCAUGGGAUCUCACACUGUCCAUAUUAUUUUUUAUUAUCGUACCAGCCCGUUUGUUAAACAGGGCCGGUACGCUAUGGACUUGGAUAAUUUUCGUAUAUCACUUUCUGACCUUUUAUCCAAGUAUCCGCGAAUGACGGGGCGGUUAGUUGUAAAAGAUGAUGGUAAUUGGGAGGUCAAGCAUAGUGAUGCUGGUGUUAGAAUGUAUAAGGCCAGUGUAGGGACCACUCUUGAUGAUUGGUUGAAAUCUGCUAAUGACUCUGAUGAGAGGAAACUGACAGUGUGGGAAGAAAUGCCUGAUGGUAUUCCUCAUUCAUGGUCACCUUUCCAAAUUCAGCUUAGUGAGUUUGAAGGUGGAGGGCUAGCAAUUGGAAUAAGUUUAACUCAUCUACUAGCUGACCCAACCAGUACAACCCUCUUUUACAAAUCAUGGACCGAUGUUGAGCGUGGGGAGCCCGUAGCAAACCACUGUCCGAUACUCGAUCUACCACAACUCAACAGCCCCCCACAACAAGCUACUAAUGAAAACACUUCCAUCACAACCAAACACUUGCAAAAACAUUGCAAACUAGCACAAGUUUCUUCUACUAAAAUGACUACAUUCACCUUCAGAUUCUCCAACACGAUAAUUAAGCAAUGUCUUUCCAAAAUCGCGGAUAAGUGUCCCAAGGCCACUCCAUAUGAUUAUCUAACCGCGCUAUUUUGGUUACAAAUCAUUAAAGUCAAAACCUCAAAUGCACAAGUGGCUACACAAUCCAUCUCUUUAUGUAUUGAUGCCCGAAAACUUCUUGAUAAUGUAUCUACACCUAUGAAGUUCUUUGGGAAUGCACUAAGUUUCUCUCAAUUGUCUCUACAAAACAACAUCUUGAUGGGAGAUAAUGGACUUGUGGAAGCCGUAGAAUCUAUACAUCACCAUGUGAAUAAGAUCAAAUAUGAUGACAUUUCUUCCAUGAUAGAUUGGCUAGAGAACUCUAAAAAUGGUUUGGAUGGUCAAUAUCCAAAGGUGGCUCAAAUGUAUGGCCCGGAACUAACUUUUGUAAGCUUGGAGCACCUGGUUAUCCCAAAAGAUGACUCAAAAGUUGGUUUUGAGUCAUUAGUUUAUGAGGCCAAGUUUAGGAACAAUGAGAAACCGGCACAUGUGAGUUACCAUAUUGGGAAAGCGGAGGGUGAAGGUUUGAUCAUCAUUGGGCCUUCGCCGGAAGGGGGAUUGGCAAGAACGGUGACAGUCACCUUGCCUUCAGAAGAGAUUGUGAAGCUUAGUGAAGAUCCAGUGAUUAUGGAAAUGGAACCAACUAUGAUUGUUAGUGGAAAGAGCUAGUUUUCCUCUCAUCCUUUAUCCUUCUAAACAACUUUUUUUUUAAACUACGAGAGAAAUUCGCAAUGAUUUAUAUAUAUGCUAGUUCUCA